AUGUCCAGUCCUCGUAUUGCCGAUGAUUCGGAAGGUCUGAUCACCCGGGAGGACGUGGAGAAGGCGGUCACGGAGCGGCUGGAUGGAGGAAGCGGAAGAAGAAGAGAGGAGGAUGAGGGCCAAGGAGCCGGGGGAGAAGGCCAAGAAGGCUCGUCGUCAGAAGACUUGACGCUCAUGAGCCGACAUGCUCUGGAGCUUGCACACGAACUUCCGACGCACAGAAGCUUCAUAAGGAUGCUCCGAGAGGAGCUGCAGCUACUUCAGGAGCCUGGUUCUUAUGUCGGUGAGGUGGUGAAGGUUAUGGGGAAAUCAAAGGUCUUAGUCAAGGUUAUUGAACUUCCAAUCAAGUAUCCUGAAUUGUUUGAAAGCCUUGGAAUUGCGCAACCAAAGGGUGUCUUGCUUUAUGGGCCUCCUGGCACAGGGAAAACUCUGCUGGCAAGAGUGGUUGCUCAUCAUACUGAUUGCACCUUCAUAAGGGUUUCUGGUUCUGCGUUGGUUCAGAAGUACAUAGGAGAGGGCUCUAGAAUGGUUCGUGAACUAUUUGUUAUGGCCAGGCUGUGUGCACAGAAGCUGGGAUGUUUGCACUCCGGGAAAGGAGAGUUCAUGGAACUCGAGGAUUUUGAGACGGCAGUUGCUAAAGUCAUGAAGAAAGAGACCGAGAAGAACAUGUCCAAACUGUGGAAGUAG